UGCGUCGUCGGGAAACGGACAACCACGCAAGGGGACGAAAAUACACGUAUAUAUACACCCCUAGCCAGGUAGAGAGAGAGAAAGAAAGAGAGAGAUAGAGAGAGAUAGAGACAGAGAGAGAGAGAGAGCCAGGUCGAUCGGGCCUGUCCGCAGGGAAUAAUCCCAUCCGGCCGUCUGGAGCGAUAACGGUGUACUGGCGACGGGUAUAAUAGGACGAGGAAAACAUUUUCAGCCGUCGUGGAGGCAAACACUUUGUUCCCGGCCCAUCUUCCUGCCCCGUCCUCGACCGGAAAGGAACCAAGGCGAAGGACCUUCCACGAUUCCAUGCCACCCGGUAUCCAGUGACUAAUCUCCGCUGACCUGUCGCGAUCCUCGAUCGCGAUGGCCAUUUCGCGCCUCCCACUCAAGUUUUCGAGGAACCUGAUCCGCAACUAAGGAGCCUCGCUCGCUUCAAGACCUCCAGAAACAAAUGCAGUAAACAUGCCGUCGCUGCUGGAAGCGCUGGAGCUGAAGUACGGCAGUUCAACGACCGACUGCUCCCUCACCGACGAGGAGACCGAGUCGAGCUCGCCGAAGGCCGCCCUCUCGGUCAGCAUUUUCAUCCCGAAAAAGUCCCCUCGCCACACGGUGCCCGCGCUGCUGGUGCUCCAGGACUGCGACAUCGAGUCGGCGGGCAACGACGACGAGAAGCUGCGCAGCAAAUGCAAGAACGUCGAGGAGCUCGACCUCGCGCAGAACAAGCUGUCCCAGUGGACGGAGGUGUUCGGCAUCCUGCAGCACAUGCCGAAGAUCAAGUUCGUCAACCUGAGCUUCAACUCUCUGGCGGAGGUGCUGGAGAUCAAGCACGGCAGCUACGAUCACCUGAAGAACCUCGUCCUGAACGGGACCAGGGUGUCCUGGUCGACGGUUCAAGGCCUGAUCCGGUUGCUGCGCAACCUGGAGGAGCUGCACCUGUCCCUGAACGAAUACAAAACGGUCGAUCUCGACUACCAGAAGGCGGAGAACGAGAACCACUCGCUGAAGAAACUUCAUUUCACCGGGAACCCUAUCGAGAUCUGGAACGAGAUCUCCAAGUUGGGCUACGUUUUCCCUAAUCUGGAGAGUCUGGUACUGGCCGAGUGUCCUCUGAGGUCCCUGGCCCUGGUGGACAAUAGGAACUCGAACGAGGAGGAGACCACCACGAAGAAGGAUCAGGAGAAUCUCAGCCAGGACAACGAGAACAUGAACAAUCUCGACGCGGACGAGAACGUUUCUGGCAAGGGGAACAGGAUAUACGGCGAGGGCAAGGUCAAUUACGAUAGGUCCGAGUCGGAAUCGGAAUCCAGCGGGACCACGAUCAAGUCCUCCCACGACCCCUUCAGAAAGCUCAGGUUCUUGAACGUCAAUGGAACUUUAUUGUCCACCUGGGACGACGUCGAGAGGCUCGCCAGGUUUCCCGUUCUGAAGUCGUUGAGGAUCCAGGGCUGUCCCCUUUUCGAGAGUCCUCGAGAGUACACCGAGCACGAGAGGCGGCAGCUGCUGAUCGCGAGGCUGCCGAACGUCGAAACGUUGAACGGCGGCGGCGUGAUAUCGUCGCAGGAACGCGAGGACGCCGAAAGGGCCUUCAUUCGGUACUACAUGGACAAACCGGAAGCGGACAGGCCUGAAAGGUACUCCGAGCUGGUGGCUAUUCAUGGCAAGCUGGACCCGCUGGUACACGUCGACCUGAAGCCCGAGAAGAGGGUCAAGGUCACGUUCACUUACGGAGAUCUCGUCGAGGUACGAUCCGUGGACGUGUACAGGACGGUUUUCGAGCUGAAAACCAAGCUGGAAACGAUGGUGAAAAUCCCGGCGAACCGGAUGAGACUGUUCUACGUGGACCAGGUGAUGAAGGCGCAGUACGGUCCGGAAGAGAUGCUGUACCCGAACAAGCAGCUCUACCGGUACAACAUCCGUAACGGCGACGAGAUCAUCAUCGACAGCAAGCUGAACCGUUGCGUGUCCGCGUCCUCGACAACGUCUUCCAUUCGUUCCUGAAGAAGGUUCGCCAGCGAAUCGUCGGACGACGCGAAGCACACCUGACGAUCGUCGGUGACUGAUCUCCAUUAAACCGGGCCCACGAACCGGACAAGAAGCCGCUUCUCGAUCGGCAGAUCGACAACGGGGACGCUCGGGAUUUUUUUAUAUAUACCAUUCACCGAGUAAACAUUGUUCUUUUUUUUAGCGAUACUGUGUAUUCAUCGUCGAUUCUUCAGGGUUAAGAGAGCGCGACGCGUGUGGCAAAACAGACGAACGAGGGGAACGAACGAUCAACUUCGACGUUGAAACGCCGUCGUCCCAAUAUAUCGCUGGCCCAAGUUUGAUACUCGAGUAGACCGUUAGCAGAUCGAAGCGUUGCGGGCGUCGAAAUCGCGGGAUCGAUCGUGACCGGCGCGGUUGACCUUUUUACACCGAGAACGUCGCGGAGAACCCGCGACUCUUCUCCGAAGCUUC